AACGCAGCCAAUGCAGCGCGGGAACUGGUGAUCCAGCGGCUGAUGUUGGUGGGGAACGUGUGUGAGAACGAAGAGCAGCGGCUGCUGGAGAAGGUGCACGCGGAGGAGGAGCGGGCACACCAGAGCAUCCUGACGCAGCGCGUGCACUGGACGGAGGCUCUGCAGAAGCUGGCCGCCCUCCGCACCUACCUGGUGGACGUCAUCACCAACGUGGAUGACCAGGGCUUGCUGCAUGCAGAACAAGAGAUCUUCGAGAGGACAGAGGUGGCGGAGGGAAUCUUGGAGCCACAGGAAUCCCUGAAGUUAAACUUUAACCAGGCGUGUGUCCAGAGUCCGCUGCUUUUUUUUUCCGUUCUCUGCUGCCUCGCAGGUCAGUGAGAAAUUCACAUCGAUGAGAAAACCAUCAGCCCCCACCUCAGCCUGUCAGAAGACAAGAAAACCCUGACCUUCAGCCCCAAGAAAGCAAAAGUGGACUUGGAUGGCCCUGAGCGGUUUGACCACUGGCCCAACGCUUUGGCUACGGCGGCUUUCCACUCGGGAGUCUGCGCGUGGAGGAUCCGCGUGGAGAAGAGCUGCGCCUACAAGCUGGGGGUGUGCUACAGCUCCCUGCCGCGGAAAGGCUCCGGCAACGAAGCCCGCCUGGGCUUCAACACCGCCUCCUGGGUCUUCUCGCGCUAUGACAAGGAGUUCCGGUUCCUGCACGGCGGGCAGCCGCGGGCCGUGGAGCUCCUCAAGGCUCCGGCCGAGCUGGGGGUGCUGGUGGACUUUGCGGGAGGGGAGGUGCUGUUCUAUGACCCCGAUUCCUGCGCCAUCCUCUUCUCCCACCGGGAGGCUUUCAUGGAGCCCCUUUAUCCUGUCUUUGCCGUGGCGCACCAGAGCAUCUCGCUCGUCCAGUGA